AUGAGGAUCACCCCACGAAGAUGUCUCAGAAAUGGAGUAAUAAUACUGUUUAUCUUCGGCCUUUUGAGCUGCUUUAAAGUUCUCUGGCGGCCAAAAGUACCAACACUUAUUAGAAAACCUCCAUCUAGACUUCAGUGGGUUCAAGGUCAACCAACAAGGAAGCCGGCAACUCAGGUUUACUCUCCAACUCACACAACUGAAGUAGAAGACAGUAGUCCAUCCCUGCUGGAGAAAUCACGAAUCCUAAUUCUUGUCUACACUAAAUUUUGGAAUGAGGAAAGGUGGGUUGGUGAACAACGAGGCGAGUGCUUUUUGGAUUAUGAUCGCAAGACUCAGUGCCCGCUAGAGAAAUUUGAGGUGACGUACGACAAAAAGCGGUUUGCGGAGAGCGAUUUGGUGAUUUUUCACGCCGCUGCGGUAAACAUGCCAAAUUUAAAGCACCUAAGAUCAUUAUCAAAGAACAGGGCAUCUUCGCAGCGAUGGGUUUAUCAGAGUAUGGAAAGUCCCAUGUCAAUGCCUGAUCCAAAGCCGUUGAACGGACUGUUUAACUUAACUUGGACAUACAGAGGAGAUGCUGACUUCUCGGCAGCCUACGGAGCCUAUGUCCCCCUUAGCCCCGAAGAAAAGUUAAAUAAAAUGGCAUCUUUUAUGACAGACUUUAGUCAAGGAAAAUCAGAACUUGUAGCCUGGCUAGUUAGCAAUUGUCAAUCUCAACUACGAAUGUCUUUUGUACGGGAACUGAAAAAGUACAUUAAAGUUGACGUUUUCGGAUCAUGUUCCCGAUUGUUUGGCAAUCCACGAAAAUGCUCGAAAUCAUAUGAGAAACACUGCCUAAAGAGGUAUAAAUUCUAUCUUUCUUUUGAGAAUGUGAUGUGCAAGGAUUACAUCACUGAAAAGUACUGGGAUCAUCUAGGUAAGGUUUGUGUUGUGCUGCUUUGUAGGGGUAGAGUGACUGUAUACUUAACAAUUAUUGCUCGAGCCAGAAUGGGCUCUGGGUCAAUAGCCCAUGAGGCCGAGGGCCGAAUGAGCUAUUGACUCAGAGGCUAUGAGGGCGAGAGGAAUAAUUCUUUUAGUAAAAGCAAACUACCGUAUUUAUUCGAAUAAGCGCCCAACCUCGAAUUAGCGCCCACCACGAAUAAGCGCCCAUCCUAAAGGCAGAAAAAGUUAAAAUAAGUAAGCGCCCAGCCUUGAAUAUUACAUUUUAUGCCGAGGUUAACCCUGUCUGAAAGUGUCGUUAUUAUUUGUAUUCAGCGGUAAUUUUUAAUUCGACACUGGACUAAUCACAACAUUCAAUAUGGAAAAUCACCAUGCCUUAUUCGCUUUUUGGUUUUGCGCUCACACCAGAAAAAUAAUAACGCGAAGGCAAGAGAGUGGCUAAGUUCAGACGGCAACGAUUGAAGAAAUUUCGACCGAUUGAAAAUUCGUGCGUUUAGGUGUUCCGUUCACUCGGAACCACCUAAGGGUACGAAAAUUUAGAGGCCUAACCGCUCCGUGUGAACGGAGCGAAAAUAUUGAACGGUCCCGUGUGAACGAAGUGUUCCGUCAAAUUUUUCAACCGGUCGAAAAUUUGUCCGGUGCUGUGUGAACAUAGCCUAAAACACUCAGUUAACCCUUUAAGCCCUAAGAGUGGUCAGCAUCAAAUUUCUCCUUGUAAUAUCAAUACAUUGCAAAACAGAGUGGUUAUGAGAAUUACGGACAUGAUCACACAAGAUGAAUUUGUUUGAUAUUUUAUCAACUUCUCCCCACUACUUUUGUAGGAAAUGGAUAGGGGCAACAAAUGAGAAUUCAAAUUUUGAUCUUAGGGUCUAAAUUUAGUUAAGAUGAACUCAAAACUUGGCUGUUCUCUUUCAGGAGAAGAAACAAAUAUUGUUCCCGUUGUGAUGGGUGGCGCUGAUCCCUCAGACUACAAACGAAUGGCUAUUCCGGGAUCUUAUAUCAAUGUUAUGGACUUCAAGACUGUAAAACAGCUAGCAGAAUAUCUUCAAUAUCUGGACAAAAACAACACAGCUUACAACGAGUACUUUAAGUGGCGGCUUAAAUACAAAAAGAGUCCUUAUCACUACCCUCUGUGUAACUUUUGCAGAUCACUCGCCUUAAAACCUGACCUUAGAAAACCUAAAGUUUACCACGAUCUUAAAAAAUACUGGGAAGGAGAAGGAGUGUGUAAAAUGCAAGGAAUACUUGUUAGAUAUAUGUGGAGUUGA